ACCCAACGACUUACUUGCCUUGCUGCAGUUUAGAUCUACAGGCAGAAUAUACUAAACAGUCUCUGUUUGCAGCGGGGUCAUGGAGCAGUCAUCUAGUACCUGACCAUCACGAACACUCGUACACGGUCGGAGGUAUCCUGAAAGGGGUUGCAGGUGCACUGCUUUCAAGUCCCACUAUCCGUAUCACUGUAGUAUUUGCUUCGGAAGUACUGGCAGGUCUUUGAAUUUGUCACAAUGACAUUGUGAGUUGUAUCAUUUUGGCCAGAAAAUUGUUUGGAAAAAAUGCAUUCAACGACAAGGACGAGGAGAAUCUUGACACUAGCUACUGGUGCAAGUGUGGCGUUGCUGCUGCUGGUCAUUCCGCAUCCUGUCCAUCUCGGUGCUGCAGCUGCUGCUGCUGGUGGUGGUGGUGGUGGCGUGCGUACAACGGAGCGUAGUUAUUUGAGUUGUUCCGCUCCUGGAGGUCGUGCACUAGGCGACGAUCGACUGCCAUGCUUGAAAGUCACUGGAUCCUACUAUGACGUUGGACGGCAAGUGGGUGAGGCGUUCAAAGAUCGAAUAAUCCAGGCUUAUCACAAGUCAGAGUCAUCUAGUGAACUGCACGAGUUUGCCAAGUCCAGCACUGGUCAAGCACAUCUCAACCGAUGGAAGGAUGCCGUAGAACGCUACCCCAAUGUUGUAGCCGAGAUGAAAGGCAUUGCCGACGGCAGUGGCAUUGACUAUGAGGAGGUGUUCCUGUACAAUUGUGCAUUUGAAAUUGGUAUCAUCCUGCGUAAACUGGAUUCUUUGACAUCCUGCAGUGACUUGCUAGUUCAGCUACCAAAUAUGGUUUUGGAUGGACAUAACGAAGAUGGAGCUGGAUGUGCAAUGAACACAUCCUAUCUGAUCAAUGCACAGAUAACCGGCAAUGACGGCACUGUCGAAGAAGACUUUGCAGCGUUUGCAUAUGCGGGCAUUCUGCCCGGAAAUGCCUUUUCCUUCAACCAGCAUGGCUUGUCGUUUGCAGCCAACGCCGUAUUUGAAAAGCAUCUAAGAGAAAACGGGGCUGCACUCCCGCGUUCGGUGAUCGGCCGCCUCCUAAUAAGUGUAAAGACGGUUGAUGAACUCCUGGAUAAGCUGCAAGGUACUGAGGGACAGAGCGAAUCACCAAUCUGGCAGUCUGUAUCAUCAUUCAGCCUGAACAUUGGCGACCGUGUGAAUGCCAAGGUUAUGAACAUUGAACUGUCCACGCGUGGUAUUUCUAAAACGACAACAGACAAUGGCUUCUUGCAUCAUUUCAACAUGUUCAUACAUACACCAGCACCGCAAUACAUGGACGUGAGCUCCAUGCGUCGCACUGCAGCCCUAUACAGUCUGGACGGGCCUACGGACGUCAACUCUACGCUUCGCAUACUUGGGGACACGGCCGACAAGGAGUACCCGAUAUACCGCCGGGGUCAUCCACCUGAUGAAGUCUACACUAUAGCAACCGCGGUGUAUGACUUAUUGAGAGGAGUUGUCGACAUCUAUACCACUCAACCUCUCCCAGGUGCCACUCCAGCAUACACAUUCUCUUUCUAGCCAACCAGUUUAACUAGUGAAUACCUUUCAGAUUAUGAUUGGUAUAUUGAAACAAGCACUAUGAUCGUGUUGUGUGUCAUACACCAUCUCGUUGUCAUCUUAUCCCACACUGGCUCCUUUUAUCAGGUUUAUAAACGAUCCCAAAACAGCUAAUGGAGCAAGAUUUUGUCUGCAUUGUUUUUCACGUAUAGUGGUGACAACGACUAUAAGUCACUUCUUGC